AUGGAAACUGCGCUCCAGAUUACGACGACGGAGCAGGCGUCACAUCGCAUGCUUGCACUUGACAUUGGCGCAAUCAGUCAAUUCGACGACAGGAUUUGCCGUCUGUCAGGCGCUCGUGUCGAGUCGCGUUUCGCUGUCGUCCGUCCGGUAAAGGGUGGUUAG